CGACACGUCAGAGUCAUAUAAACAACAAUGUUUUCAUAAACCGAUUGUGCAGCUGACUUUAGGUUUCAAGUUAAAAUGUACGAGAAAAUGUGUAGAGUAUGCUUGUCAACUCAAAAUAUAAUGUUUCCUGUUGAUGAGUCCUUCGUCAUAAACUAUAAUUUGCUAACAAAUCUUAACAUUACCCUAUCAGAUGGAAAACCACAAUAUUCCUGCAUAACGUGUAUGGAAAAUGUGAAAUAUUUCAUAGUAUUUAGGGAGAAGUGUAUUAAGGCAGAAACUAUAUUGGAAGAGAUGGUUGAUAAAGUCAAAACAGAAGAAGAAACGGCGAAACCAGAAAUUGAAAUUGAUAAAGAAAUACAAACUGAAACUGAUGAGAAGGCUUUAGUCAAAGAAUAUGACAAUAUAGUAUUUGUUAUGAAAGAUGAAAUAAAGGAAGAAGUUGAUGAUUUUGAUGACAAAUUAGACGAUUAUGAUGUUACAGAUUCAAAUUUUGAUGAUAAUUUAGAGAUUAACAAUUCUCUAGAUAAAAGUUCUAGCAAUGUUCUUAAGAAAAACUGUAAACUCGUAAGCGAAAAUGUGGCGAAUUUAUACCAUAUGAAAACAAAAAAGAAAUAUAUGAAAAAACGAGAAACCCAAGUGGAACCUAACCAGUGGUACUGUGGUAUUUGUCCCAAAGAAUUUUACAGUAUAAGUGAAAUGAACCAGCAUGUAGAUAGUCAUAAUAAUGAAAGACAAUGUGAUCUUUGCAAAGUUAAAGUGAAUAGUCUGUCACAACUCUACGCCCAUAGACUAAACCACGUGCCGGUUUCGCAAUUUAAAUGUCACAUUUGCAAUAAAACAUUCAAAUCCAAUAUAUAUUUGGAAUUUCACUAUAGAAAUAUUCACAUUGAGGAAGAUGAUAAACGUCUGUCUUGUGACAAAUGUAAUAUAUUAUUUUCAUCACCAAAAAGGCUUUGUUAUCACUUGUCUGUGGUACAUUCUAAUUCCGAUGCAAAUUAUAUUUGCGACGUAUGUUCCAAAUGCUUUCAAAAGAAGCAAGCUUUAAGAUCGCAUAUAAGGUCCCACGGAUUAACCAAGUCGUUUACCUGUGAUAUGUGCGAUUUCUCCUGUAAACAAGGCAGUGGAAUAUUAGAUCACAAAAAAAGGAAACACAAUCCUCAGAAGGUUAACUGCAACAAUUGCAAGAAAAUCUUUGUUAAUCAGAAUGAAUACGACAAACAUACAUGUAAACACAAUAUAAAAAGCUUAUGCCCCAUAUGUGGUGUUCAGAUCAAAAGAAAUUAUAGUUUAAACCGCCACAUGUUGAGUCAUUCGGACGAAUGCAAGUACAAAUGUCAUAGGUGUCCAGCUAAAUACAAGACUCAUUCUGCUCUCGUUGCGCAUUUGAACAAGCACGACGGUAACCGCACGAAGCAGUGCGAAUAUUGCCCCGCUAAGUUCUAUUCUUCCACUGUGCUACUUAAACACAGACGGAUACAUACAGGUGAAAAGCCAUAUGUGUGUGAAGAAUGUAAUAAAGCAUUUACAGGAAAACACAAUCUCAAAGUACACAUGAAAGUACACGGAAAAAAUAUAAUUGUUAAAAGAAAAACUGAAAAUGAUGUUACCAAAUAAAAAUAUUGAGUUGG